AGUGCUGACCAUGGUGUGCUGGUCGCCUGAUUGCGGCAACACGAGACAUAAUUACGAGUGACAAAACACUGCGGGGUGGUAGGAGUGGAGGGUGACGCGGGCCGCAGAGGUGAUGAAGAGUAAGAGUGGCGUCAUCUGGCCGCCAUUCUGCCGCUUCAAGGCCGCGUCCUUUCUCCCAAAGAAGGGAACACAAAACAGUACAUUCUGCACCUGACUCACGUGAUGGUGGUUGGGGUGUUGGCUGCGGCAGGGCUGGCUGCGGUACGGUUCGAGUCAGAAGACCCAGCUUGGGAAUGGGAGCCCAGGAAGACCCGCGGUUCAUACCAAUUUCAGGCUCAAAAUAUUCCACACCUGGAUAAAAAACACGUCCGCUAUGACUUCGCAUACAGUGUGCGAGAUGACGACACAGGGGCGGCGUACAGCCACAAGGAGGAGCGGUCAGGGGACACCACGCAAGGCGAGUACCGUGUCAGUCUGCCAGAUGGCCGCAUCCAGGUGGUUUCGUAUGUAGCAGACGAGAAUGGUUACCGAGCUAAGGUGUCAUACGAGCCAGCUGCACCACCUGUAGAAGUCAACAGUGCUCUCAAGUACGCUCCCAAGGCAGGAAAGUACCGUCCACGCGGCCGUUCCAGGCACAGAGGCAGACAGCGGCGACCCAGAGUACACAAGCGUCCCCGCACACGACCCAACGACCCUAGAUAUCAUUCUUCUCAACAUUCCUACCUGCCUGAGCCUCCGUCUUCCUACAUUCCUGCACCAAAGGACACCUACCUUCCUCAGCCUCCGUCUUCUUACAUUCCUGCAUCAGAAGAGGAUUCCUACCUUCCGGAACCCCCGUCUUCCUACCUUCCUGCGUCUGAGGAAAACAAUUCCUACCUUCCGGAACCCCAGUCUUCCUACCUUCCUGCGUCUGAGGAGGACAGUUCCCACCUUCCGGAGACCCCUUCCUCUUCCUACCUUCCUGUGUCAGAAGAGGAGGAGGAUUCCUAUCUCCCUGUGCCUCCAUCCUCCUCCUACCUUCCUGUGUCAGAGGAGGAGGAGGAGGAUUAUCUCCCAGAACCCCCAUCAUCCUACCUCCCUAAACCACCAUUAUCCUCUUACCUCCCUGUUUCAGAAGAGAAUUCUUACCUCCCUAAACCACCAUCUUCUUCCUACCUUCCUACUUCAGGAGAGGAUUCCUACCUACCAGAAACCCCAUCCUCCUCCUACCUUCCUGCAUCAGGAGAGGAAGAGGAAGAGGAGGAUUCCUACCUCCCCAAACCUCCGCCCUCCUCCUACCUUCCCGUGUCUGAAGAGGAGGAGGAAGAGGAGGAUUCUUAUCUCCCAGAAGCCCCAUCUUCUUAUCUCCCUAAACCCCCAUCAUCCUCCUAUCUUCCUGCUUCAGAAGAGGAGGAUUCUUACCUCCCAGAACACCUGUCCUACCUCCCCAAACCAACAAAGGAACCACCUCCCAAACACUCGGUGCCCCAUCCAUCAGAACCUGAUGAUACUUAUGUCCCUCCAUCCUCCACUCCAACAUCUUACCUGCCCCCUAAGGAAGCCUCUUCUUAUGAUCCAUAUUCAAUCUCCUUGCCCAGUUUUCCACCACCACCUCAUGUAGUGCCUUCAGGAAGACCACACCAAUCUUCACAACCUCACUACGGGUAUUCGUCCACCCCACACCCGGACAAAGUGCUGGAAGUGACAACCUACAGACCCCAACGUCCACCUCUCACCACCACUUCCACUUACUCAGACAAUAAUUCAGUCUUCCCUGGCCCCACAACUGCCACUCCUUCAAGCACUCAUCAUCCACUCAAGCUUCCUGAGGUGACCAGCUAUAAACCAAAUAGACCUUCUUCUCCUCCUGUCUCCACGUUCUUCCCUACACCAGCUGAGGAGGAACCCUUAUCAACAUACGAACCUUCCUCUACAGUCUCCCCAACCACUCCUUCACCACAACCCACAACAUACAAGCCUUCCACCACAGCCUCAUCAGACACUCAUUCCACCACCCGUCCCACCACACGCCCAUUCCCUCUGUCCUAUUCCCUUGCCCCUAAACCAUCACAUCCUCACCCACCCACAGCACCAUCUUACCCACUGUCUCUUCCUGUCCCAUACACACCAGCACCCUCUUAUGGAGAGCCUUCACCACAACCCUACAGACCUCCAUUGCCACCUUAUUUUGGGCCACAGUACGGUCCACGCUUCCCUGGCCCACUGUAUCCUCCUCGUAUCACAGGGAUUCCACCUAAAUUAAGCAUUACCCCAAAUCCUAACCCUGUCUCUACUCAUAAUCCUACACAAAUUGCUACCUCCCCUCAUCCUUCAACACCUGCUUCAUCACCUUCAUCAUCUUUACCAACACUGUGAACGAACACUUCCAUCGUGUCAUUCUUCCUCCCUGUCUUCCCCUUGUAAAACAGUCUAGUCCAUCUCAACCACUUUUUUAGUUUUAUCUUAUUACACGGAACCAUGGUUUUGAGAUCUGUUAUUGUUUGUGUGACUAUACUGUAGCCAUUGAUUGACACACACAGUUUUUUUAUUCAUAUAAAGUUUUUGGUGUGAGAUCCAUCAUCCUGUUUCACUAGGUGUCAUAAAUAUUCUAUAUUUUUGGGAAGGAAUUGUUUCUUGAAUGUGUUUCUUUGCCAUCCCUUUCCUGGCAUUUAUCAUGGCCUGGCUUCAUCACAAGGACUCACAUAAGCAUGCAUGUAUGAAUAAACUAUGCAUGUACUGUACAUACAGGUAAAAAUUAUAUUCAAGAAAAAUUCUCAUGAUAGCAACUUGAAACAACAAGAACAAACACAAGGGUAUUAUGGUAAUUACAUCAGCAAAAGGUAAAGUUUGGGACAUAUGCUAAAUCUGCUCGUCCUCAGUGCUCACUUUUAUCUCAUUGGCCUUUGACCUGUGACAGAUGAUGUGCCUCACCCCUGUAACAUCCAGAUUUCCAGUUUACCUUCUCCAGAUACCCAUUUAUUGACCAAAUCAGGGAAAGGAUCUGUAGUUGGGGUGAGCCAAGGAAGGUUUGGUAGAAUCCCUGGGGUGAGAUGUGUGCCAAUUGCUAGGGUGGAUCCACAGAUCUGUAGCCAGGCAUGCUAGCUACUGCACCACAGAGAUGCCAUAAAGUAGCAAUGAACAUUAACUUUCUUAUUUAUAUUGCUCAUGUUCUGAAAAAACUGCAAUAAUGAUCAAGGUAAAGAGGUGUGUGUUUGUAUGUUUGUGUGUAUAAAAAAUAUUGUCUCAUAGAUACCUAUUGAAUUAUUAUUUACUUUUAUGCAUCUACUUCUCUUGCUUAUUUCUUUACCAGUGCAGUCCCCCUUUACUCCCACUCAGGCCAUACUUGUAUGGGGAAAGCUGUACUUUUUUUCUUUUCAAAUAUCUUCCAUUUUUCAACUUUUUAGUUGUGUCCUUUCAAAUAUUCAGCCUUCAUCCCUGUAACAAUUGCACACAUACAUAGUGAUGUUGCUGAAGGCUCAUAGUUUUAUCAGUGCUGGGAUGAAGUGCAGGCAAGAAUGCAAGAUAUACUGUACAUCAAAAUAUGAGAAAAUACAUAUUCUUAUAAAG